AUGAGGUGUGACAGGUGUAUGCCUCUAAAAGACAGAAGGAAGACAGUUAAAGAGGCCCGGCAGUCUCUGACAUUAUCUGUGGUUGUUUCAAACUUUGUUUACGCUUUUUUACAUCACAGCGCAAUUUACUCCCCACCCCCAGUUGUGAAAUAAUUUUUCAAUUGCUAAAAGCUUUGCAGUGCACAGGAAGCAAUUUUAUUUUAGGCUUGCUGAGAACAUCACACAACUCAGCGUGUGAUAAACUAAGCACCUAAAGUAAACCCUCCUAAACUCGGCGCCUCUAUUAGCAACUGUCAGAAACUGUGUUCUGUCAUAGAGCAACUCUUCUGCUUCAUAUUUCCAGCAGAGAUAUUUAAGCAGAGGGCUCUAAUGUUGCUGUUGCACUGUACUUCUAGCCUGAUUGGGAUUGAGAUGUUAAUUAUUUGAUGUAAAAUAGCUUUUUUAUCUUUUCAUCUACGGUCACUUUAGAUUCUCCCAGGUGUUGGCAUUCACAAACAUUUGAAUUUGCGGCACCACAACAAAAGGGAGCUUGCUGGAUCUUCUAGAUCUGCUCAGGAGUGGAAGGUGAAUCACCACUUGGUCUGUGGUGUCUCAGGAACUGUCAUGACAGGAGGUGGAAAAAUCCACGGAAAGAAGCGCCAAGUGUGAGCGGCGUGGUCUGGCGUGAGACGACAGCACAAGACACCUGAGGCACUUGAAAGUCAAGAGCAACCAGGAAGUGGCAUUUAUCUUCCACCCUCUCGAGAGGAGUUCCUCAGAACUGCAUGGGUCUUUGAAGCAGGCACUUCUCCUCAGCUCCGUCUCGUCUCCUCUGCGUCGCCCCGGGGCCGCCAUGAUCAACACCUACAACACCACCCUGCCGCCACCACUGCCGCCCCGCCAGAUGGCCCGCGUCUCCUCCGGCUCCCCGACCCGGCCGGUCAUCUGGUUCCUGUCCGCGGUGAUCCUGGUCCACAUGGUCGUGUCGGUCAUCAUGUUCAUGUACCUGUUCCGCAAGGUUGAAGAGUUCCAGACCCUGGUGAGCAACCAUGAUGACCUUAUACUGCUGAGACGACUGCAUCAGUGUGAAGCUCAGACUCAGGACAAAUCCUCACUGCUGGACUGCGCCAAGGUCGUAUCGAAAUUCCAGAGCUUACUUUCAAAGGCUUCCACAAUGCAAGAAAGCCUGCAAGCUGGCCUGAAAGGUGAUAGACCUACUACAGCAGUGGCACACCUGAGAGUGAAAAAAAACCCUGGUUCCCCCACAGGCAAUAAAAUCACCCAAUGGUCUGAGGACCACUCGCUCCUGAAAAACGUGGAUUUCGACUCCUUCCGCAGCAUGAUAAGGAUAACAACACCUGGAAUCUACUACAUCUACUCUCAAGUAACCUUCUCUAAAACUCAAGACAAGGCCCCUGUCGUCCAAAACGUUAUGAAGGAAUGGAAAGGACAGGAAUCCACAUUGCUGACUGCCUCCAGCAGCCUGAGCAAUAGCAGAGACCCAUCACUGUACACAAUAUACCAAGGAGGAGUUUUUGAACUUAAAAAGGAUGAAUAUCUCUACGUCAAAGUGACCAACCUAAGCCUGGUGAACUUCAAUGAGAAUUCAACCAUGUUUGGAUUAUUCAUGGUAUGAGACACAUCCCUGAUGACGUCACCUGGGCUUGUGUGGGCCAAACUAAAUCAGCAGUGGGAAAAAAAAAACUGUUCCUCUCCCUUUCCUUCUCCACCUGCACAAGGGCAGCGGUCUGGUUUCCCUUGUCAAGGCCAUGCAUGUGUAAAGCUAUGAAUGAAGAAUGAAGAUACGGACAAACGCCCACUUGCCCAAGGAAAGGAUACUUCCUAAGGUGCCCUCUGGUAUGUGCGAGGUCGAAACAUUCCACAGCAGGUUGGCACAUUGAGAGCGUGGCAGUAAGACGGAGGUUCUGGCUCAGCUGUAGCGCAGAGCUGCCCUCACUCUCAGGAGCAACAUGGCAGCCCUGGAGAGCUGAGGCACUGUGGGUAACUUCGGGAUCCGGUUGUUGAAAAUCUGCUCUCACCACUUCGGCGCGGACCUCUGUUUUUUACUUUUUUCUCUUUUCAUAUUUAAGUCUCUGCGUGAGUGUUUUUGUUGUUUUUGGUCUCACUCUAUCACUACAGCCCAGAUUGUCUUCUGCUCCUCCACUUGUGGAUACUCUCUGUGCCUUUUCCUCGGAGAUGUUCAAUGAACGUUAAUAAAUUAUUUAUUGCUAUAUCAUAAAAUCGAAAUGCAUGUGUGUCGUCCCCUCCUUGUGUCACCCCAAUGUGCCGAAUGUAAAAGACAAUCCGAAGAGGAUCGGGUCAAUGGUUCUCUCCACACCUUGUUAGAAGUAGGAGCCAGACUAUUUCUGGAGCUGGUUGAAUAACUCCCAAGCCUCCAGACCCAGGGGACUGGGACUCCCAGCUGCAAGUGUAGUCAAAUGGAAGCAGUGGAAAAUAGACACAGUUCAUCACCCUCAUGGGCAGGAUGCUGCAGUAACUCAAGAGAGGAUGCAGGGUUCUAAUGAGCAUCGGAACAUCAGGUGGGAAUGAGGCCGACCUCAAUGUACUUGUUACAUCCACAAAAACCAUGUAUGUUGAGCUGCAUUGGCGCUCUGGACAGGUCACACAGAGAAAAGACUAAAGACUAAGUUUUGGCCAGCAAAAGCCGCAAAGGAGAAUUCCAUUGCUUUCAGGUGGUGAAAGGUUGUCUGCCAAUGCAUAUGGAGGUUUUCUUAUCCAAAAAUAUUUGAAGAAUCAGUGCAGAAUCUUAACUGUAGGAAGAGCACUGCAUAUGAUCUUCCUGGAGGACACAUGCUUGAUUUGGACUUUCACAGUUCCUGUAGUUUCUGGAUAUGCUUUAACCAAAAGGCACAACAUCUCCUGUUACCAGACCCUCGGACGUCUACUGAAUGUGUGAGAAGUGAUUAUGGAAUUAACGUACUCUUGAUUUUUAGCACUGUGCUUCAAUUGAAAGAAUUCAUUCACAUACUGUAUCAUUUGACAAUCAUUUGACAUCCUCAACAAAGAGACUGCAUAUCUGGAUACAGCUCAGGAUCAACUGCAACUUGAGAUACAAGUUUCUAAAAGAGAUUAAGCCUUGAUUUACCUAAAAAUGUCCAGACGAAAUGGUGCCAAAAUUAAUUUAAACUUUGUUUUUGUAAAAGAUACAGUGUAUAUACUGUACCAUACUAGAAGGCAUUAAAAAUGCCAUGUAAGAGUAACCGGAUGUUAAUGCCUCUCCUACAUAUGUUUAAACAUAUGUAACAAUUUAUUUUUUCCCCUUUACAGAUUCAGGACACUGAGUGGUAAACAAAAGCUUGUUAAUUAACAAUAUAAGUGUGUACAAACACACAAAACAUGAAUAUACAGACCUGGAUGGUAACUGACCAACUGUAGAAAACCGAAUCCAACAUUUUUUACAUCAAGAGAUCCUAAACUGAAAAUUGAUACUCGAUAAGGUUAUUGCUUAUGAUAUGCAAAUCCUCGUUUUCACUUAUGUUCUUGCUGUUUUGUGCAUUUUUUUUGUUGCUCCCCUGUUGUCACCAAAACCAGAUUACACACUUCUCUGGCCUGAAUGGAGAAUUGCACUUUGACCAGAUUGUCUUUAAAUAUAGACCAACCAUCACGAAUCUGCUGGCACAGCAAACUAAAGUCUCACUCUGUAACACUGAGGACUGAAACCUGGUGACCUUUGUACUCUGAAAAUACCCAGAUAUUCAGAUGUAAAAGCCUGGAUUUCCCCUCGUUUAAUUUAUUCCAUCGAAAUAUUUUUUUUUUAAAGAUACUCAAGCUUCACAGAUAUUAAAAAAAUAUAGGCUACAGCCAUCUCUCCAAUACAUGUAAAAUGUCUGCCUUUGUGCACUUCGAUGUAACAGGUAUAAGAAAAGUAAUUUAUUUCUUUUUCAGUAAUAAUAGAAUGGUAUGGGAACUAUUGACUGAAAAACUUAUUUAUGGAACUGACAUUGUUGAUUUUUUAUGUAUUUCAAUCUGUUAAAAUGUAUUUAUAUUUCAUAGAAAAAAAA